GCGAAGAUGGCGGCGGCGGCGGACGGCGGCGGCGGCGGCGGCGACGCGGACCGGGAGUUGGACGCGCUGCUGGAGAGUGCCCUCGAUGACUUCGAGAAAGCCAAACCCUCGCCCGUCCCCCCUCCGCCCGCCACCGCCCCUGACGCCUCGGGGCCACAGAAGCGCUCGCCGGGGGACACUGCCAAAGACGCCCUGUUCGCCUCGCAGGAGAAGUUCUUCCAGGAGCUCUUCGACAGCGAGCUGGCCUCCCAGGCCACGGCCGAGUUCGAGAAGGCCAUGAAGGAGCUGGCCGAGGAGCAGCCGCAGCUGGUGGAGCAGUUCCAGAAGCUCUCCGAGGCGGCGGGGAGAGUGGGCAGCGACGUGACCUCCCAGCAGGAGUUCACCUCCUGCCUCAAGGAGACGCUGAGUGGGCUCGCCCGGAACGCCAACGACCUGCAGAACUCGGGCAUGUCCGAAGAGGAGCUGAGCAAGGCCAUGGAGGGGCUGGGCAUGGGGGACGGGGACGGGGACGGCAGCAUCCUGCCCCUCAUGCAGGGCAUCAUGCAGAACCUGCUGUCCAAGGACGUGCUGUACCCGUCCCUGAAGGAGAUCACCGAGAAGUACCCAGAGUGGCUGCAGAGUCACCGGGAGUCGCUCUCGGCCGAGCAGCUGGAGAAGUACCAGGAGCAGCACGGCGUCAUGGCGAGGAUCUGCGAGCAGUUCGAGGCCGAGACCCCCGCCGACAGCGAGGCCACCCAGAAGGCCCGCUUCGAGACCGUGCUGGACCUGAUGCAGCAGCUGCAGGACUUGGGCCACCCUCCGAAAGAGCUGGCCGGGGAGAUGCCUCCCGGCCUCAACUUCGACCUCGACGCCCUCAACCUGGCCGGGCCCCCCGGUGCCAACGGCGAGCAGUGCGUGACCAUGUGAGGCACCAGCUCCAGUCCCGCCCUGCCACAGGGCACGUCCUCCCCCCCGCCCCGGGGUGAGCCAGGCCUGCCCCGGGCGCACGGUGUCUGCUGCCGGCCAGGCCCCUGCCCAGUGGGUGAAGGAAGGGACCCUCUCGGACCCCCGGCCCAGCACGGGUCUCACCCCCAGGCCUCUGUGCCUUGUCCUGCCCUUCUCGGGCGGGGACUUCGGGGACCGGCUCAGCUUUGCCCUCCGGGAGCACGGGGUGGGCCAAGGGGAUGGAGGGCAGCGAGGCGUUGGGCCCCCUGCACUGUGUGAUCUGCCAGCCCAACCCCGGCCGUCCACUGCCCUCUCAUCCCCAACACCGUUCAUGCCAGGUCUCCUCCGAGCCGCCUGCUCCCGGGCCCCUCACUUCCCGGCCACUGCUGGCCGCCACUGUGCAGCCCACAGGAAGGGGCGUCCACCUGGAGGACAUGAGGGGACAGUUCCCGACCCGGGCUCUGCCCCUGAUUCUGGGAGGUGGGUUGGGAAGGGCCGGUGUGGGUCAGGUUGGUCCUCUGACUAAUA